GUAAACAAAUGCGUGCCCGUUUUUCACGCAUUGAGAAAAUGUUCUGCUUCUUUUAAACGUUUUUCUCGGGUUUACACUGAACAUUUCACCAUGAAGGCAACGCUCACUCAUGGAUGAGUUUGUGAUGUGAAAUAGAAAAAAUAACUUUAACAGAAGAACGAUAAACGAAGAAUGGAUCCAGAGAACAUGGAACUUAAAAUACCUGUUGUCAUGUUGUUUGACUUUUUAAAAGUUCCAGAAUACAGAAAUUUGGAGCAAAAACUUCAAGUUCAAGAUGCGUCUAUCUUUGCUGAGAGGAGGUUUACUGGACUCACUGUGGAGGAUGAAAUGAAGUGCAACGAUGGUUUCAUUUCAAUUUUUUGUCAUGAUGAGAAUUUACUGGAUGAAGAAUUUGAGCCAGAGGGGGGCGCUGUUGAGUGGGAUUUCAAAGUCGUGGAGGUAGAGGUAAAGGAAAUAAUGGACAAUGAUUAUGUCCAGCAUUCAUAUGACCAAGAACCUGUGUUUAGAGUCAAGGGAAUAGAGUACGUCUGCCCCACAUGUAACAAGAGCUUUCACCGUGCUGCACUUCUGAAACAACACCUGGUCAUUCACUCCGGGAUCAGAAAAUAUUCCUGCCAAAUCUGCGGAAAGAAAUUUGGCCGAAAAGGUUCCCUGAAAGAUCACCAAGUCACUCACAACGGAAACCGAGACUUUGAAUGCAAAACCUGCCAUAAAAUGUUUGUGCGAAAAGGUGACUUAGAGAAACAUUUACGAAGCCACAGUGAUGAAAGGCCAUACUGCUGUAAUCUUUGUGGGAAAACAUUUAAAUUUCAUGUUAAAUUGACAGAGCACAAAAGAUCUCACUUGGAUGUAUUACCGUAUCACUGUGAUCAGUGUCCCAAGCAGUUUAGACUGAAACAACUGUUAAAUGAACAUAAAAAUACCCACAACAAAGAGAAAUUAUUUGAAUGUGAAGUGUGUCACAAAAAGUUUAGCAAUGGAAGUAAUUUGCGAAAGCAUGUGAUGAUCCAUACAGGGGAAAAACCUUUCAGCUGUUCAGAAUGUGGAAAGACAUUUAGGAUCAAGCAGCACUGGCAGCAACAUGAGAUGCGCCAUAGAGAAGAAUUCCCAUUUGUUUGUGAUAUUUGUGGAAAAUCUUUUGUUGUAAAUGCCACGUUACAGAAACACAUAGAGACGCAUACCAAACCCAAAAAUGUGCAGAAAGAAAUGGAGGAAAAUGAUUCUGAGAGACCAUUCAGGUGUGAGCAAUGCGGAAAAAGAUUCAAAACUGUGCAGAAUUUAAAACUGCACACAGCGAGGCAUUCAGGUUUAAAGCCAUUUGAAUGUCAGGAGUGUGGGAAACAAUUCAACGAUAACAGUAAUUUGAGAAAACACGAAAUGAUCCACACAGGAGAGAAGCCGUUUGAGUGCGGACACUGCACAAAAUCAUUCCGGCUGAAGCAUGUAAGAGACUACCAUGAGGCCACUGUGCACUGAGCGGAGAACCAGACUGAACUGGACAAAAUCACAGCUACAUUUAGACAUUGCUUUUUAAUUUUACAGUUGAAUUUCAGGUGACAUCACAACGUUUUACACACCAAUAAUAUUUAAAGAGACUGGGUAUUAUGCCAAACCUACUUUCUACUAUACAUUAUGAUGUGUGAAGUCGUUUUGUAUGUCAUCCAUGCAUGUUUGAGCCCUAUUUGAACCUACAACUUCACAAAUCUGAUCUGAUGUGCAAUAGUUUAAUUAGCGGGGUUGAUUGUGUUGUGAUAGUGCUCUGAACAGGGAGUGACUUACCUCAGAGAGCAAAGAAAGGAGACGCUUUGUCAAAAACAAACUAAAAUUAAUUUCUCAGAUGGUGUGCUAGAGCUUAUAUACCGUAUUUUCCGGGCUAUUAGGCGAGCUCUUAAGCCUCUAACCGCAUCAAAAAACAACCGUGCGCCCUGCAAUCCAGAGCGCCCCAUACACGAAUCCACUCGGGUGUCUCAGCACGACUUCAGUAAACUACAAAGCCGCACCACCUGCAGCGCACACAAACAAACACGGAGCAGACAGCGACCGCACAGCGAAAAACAACCACAGCCACACUCAUCACUCCACACAGACGAGGAACAGAACGAAAUAACGAAUCGAAAAAGUGAGUGCAGUGUGCCACUCUGAGCCACAACUGAACAACUGAGUCACUGCGAACAUGCCAACAAUCCAGCGGUCCCAGACAGCACCCUCCCUACACGCCACAACUGAACAAAGCCCAGAGUCACCGUGAACACACCAAACAAAGUCCCACUGACCCAUCCAACUGUUGUGUUUCGUUUAAAGUCUGGUGCGGUUUAUUUGUGAAAAAAGUUCGAAAAUAGAUCAUUUAAUGACAGCGCGUCUUAUAAUCCAGAACGCCUAAUACGGGAUCACAUUCAGAAAAAAAAUAAAUAAAUCCACAAAUGUUGAACCUUACCAUGAUUUAUUUGGGAUGUGCUCCACACACUUGCAAUAUGAACCUACUGAAAUAAUGUUCUUUCAGGUGACAACAAUCACAAGUAAUAGCACCACUUCCUUUAGCUAUUGUGAAAAAAUCAUUCAACUUUUGUUUGUUUAUACUGACAAAGACGUUGAAGUUGGAGCCAAUUUCUAUUUCAUGUGGAUAGGUCCAGUAAUUACAUAGAUAUUAACCAUAAACCAGGUCAACAAUCUGCAUUAUUUUAGAAUUCUGAAGUGUCCUCCAGCUCAGGUUAAACUAUAGGGUUUCUAGAAUGUUUUGAUGUCACAUGAACGCAACCUAUUAUACAUUUACAUUUAUUAUUGGUUAACUGGAUUUCUUUUUCUUUUUUUGUGUGCAAAAAUGAAUAAAAUGGUUCAUCCAUGUAGGGUUAAAAAAACAUCCCAUAGCCAUGUUUUGACAAUAAAAGCAACUGCCUGAAAAUCCGCAUCUUGUUGGUGAAGUGCCUUUAUGAAUAGGUGGAGCUGGGGGUGGAUGAUAAUGAGA